AAUUGACAUUUCCUUAAAUUCGUGGAAGGAAAAGGAUUUACUCAUUCGUGCCUGUACAACCGUCUCCUAAAACAGGAACAUGGCUGAGCGUGGAGAUGGGGAUGUCCAGAGUUGUGGGGACACUUUGGACGCCUUAAAACUUUUUUCAAAGAGGCAGGAUGAAAAGCCCACAGGCAGUAGUAAGUCUGCUGAGGAAGUGGAUGCUCUCCCCAGUAGCAGUUACAGUAAAACAGCAAGCUCUGACCCUUACCGCUACAGGAUGGAUUAUCCCUUCCUCGGAAAGUGUCUGAUCAUCAACAACAAGAACUUCCAUAGUAGCACAAGGAUGAACACUCGUAACGGGACGGAUGUAGAUGCUGCUUGUGCUAUGCAGACCUUCUCUAAGCUGGGUUAUAAGGUCCAGGUGGCCAAUGAUCAGACUGUGGAUCAGAUGAAACGACUGUUGUUAAGUGCAUCCAAGGAGGACCACAGUGAGUGUGCGUCAUUUGUAUGUGUGUUGCUAAGUCACGGAGAGGAGGGGAUGAUAUACGGCACCGACGGCUUUGAGAAGUUUGAAGAACUGACAAAAUACUUCAAAGGAGAUCGUUGUAGGAGUCUAGUGGGGAAGCCAAAACUCUUUUUCGUACAGGCAUGCCGUGGGUCAGAACUGGAUGACGGUUGCUGCAUCGAGACAGACAGUGUAGAUGCACAAACAUCAGAGAGGAUCCCUGUGGAGGCAGAUUUCCUUUAUGCAUAUUCCACAGCUCCAGGCUACUACUCCUGGAGGAACACAUACAACGGCUCCUGGUUUAUGCAGGCGUUGUGUGAGAUGUUGCAGCGCUUCAGCGGAGAGCUCGAGCUGAUGCAGAUCAUGACUCGAGUCAACCGCAAGGUGGCGCUCUCCUUUGAGUCUUCCUCCAACCUACCUGGAUUUAGUGGCAAAAAGCAGAUCCCCUGUAUCGUCUCAAUGUUGACCAAAGACUUCUACUUUCCUCGAUAAAUAUAGACUAAAAUUAUUUGGCUGUGGGGAACCGGGUCAGAAGUGACUGUGCUGGUAUUUGCAAUCUCAAUCAAAUCCUUCCAUCCUUCAGAGGUGCCUGCCCUCUUCAGCCAAAUGCCAAACAGUCCUGUUGUGCAGAGUUCAUGUAAAACAGGUCAAAAGUAGUUUUAAUGUGACUACAAAGAGAGCCCAAAUGCACUGUCAACAAUAGGAUAAACAGAGUCAAAAUUAUGAUGAAAGGGAAGAGAUCAGGGGUUUUUUUUUUAAUGUUUUUGAAAUAUGUUUUAAGUGGGGUCUUUAACUGAAAACAGUUUUUAUUCUUUGAUCAUCGUGUAAUUUAGAAAAGAUACUAAAGGGUGUUGGGUUUCCUUUUUAAAUGAGACAGUUUCUGUCAUUAAAACACUUCAACUUGAAAUGUAGACUUCCUCUAGUUUUACCACACAAACAUAAUACUGUAUAUUUAUAGAAUAAACAAUGAUUCAACCCCA